CUGACCAGCCCCGGAAACCAGCAGGCGUUGGGGAGGGGGGGUAAGCGGCAGCAGCAGCCCCAGCCCUUAGAGAGUCUGCAGGAAGGGAGGGUGGGAGCUAGGAGGACAACCCCCCACCAUUCCUACCGCUAUGGGCCCAGCCUCCCACUCCCACCUCCCCUCCAUCGGCCGGGGCUAGGACACCCCCAAAUCCUGUCGCCCCCGUGACACCGACACCCCGACCGAGGCAGAGACACAGCCACCCGCCACCACCGCUGCAGCAGCCUGGCUGGGGAGGGGGCCAGCCCCCCAGGCUCCCCACCCCACUGAGGUGACCAGAAUGGAGCUGUGGCCAGGGGCAUGGAUGGUGGUGCUGCUGCUCUUCCUGCUGCUGCUCUUCGUGCUGCCCACCCUGUGGUUCUGCAGCCCCAGUGCCAAGUACUUCUUCAAGAUGGCCUUCUAUAAUGGCUGGAUCCUCUUCCUGGCUGUGCUCGCCAUCCCUGUGUGUGCUGUGCGGGGACGCAAUGUAGAGAACAUGAAGAUCUUGCGUUUGAUGCUGCUCCACAUCAAAUACCUAUAUGGGAUCCGAGUGGAGGUGCGAGGGGCUCACCACUUCCCUCCCUCACAGCCCUAUGUCGUCGUCUCCAACCACCAGAGCUCCCUGGACCUGCUUGGUAUGAUGGAGGUACUGCCAGGCCGCUGUGUGCCCAUCGCCAAGCGUGAGCUACUAUGGGCUGGCUCUGCUGGGCUGGCCUGCUGGCUGGCUGGAGUCAUCUUCAUUGACCGGAAGCGUACUGGGGAUGCUAUCAGUGUCAUGUCUGAGGUCGCCCAGACCCUGCUCACCCAAGAUGUGCGUGUCUGGGUUUUUCCUGAGGGCACAAGAAACCACAAUGGCUCCAUGCUGCCCUUCAAACGUGGCGCCUUCCACCUUGCGGUACAGGCCCAGGUUCCCAUUGUCCCCAUAGUCAUGUCCUCCUAUCAAGAUUUCUACUGCAAAAAGGAGCGCCGCUUCACUUCCGGGCGAUGUCAGGUUCGGGUGCUGCCCCCAGUGCCCACAGAAGGGCUGACACCAGAUGACGUCCCAGCUCUGGCCGACACAGUCCGGCACUCCAUGCUCACCAUUUUCCGGGAAAUCUCCACUGAUGGCAGGGGUGGUGGUGACUAUCUGAAGAAGCCUGGAGGAGUGGGCGAUGCCCGGCUCUGAACUCCCCUCCCAUCUACCCCCACCUCCUCCACACACCUAUCAGCCCAGUAGGUCCUGAAGCGGGGCCCAGCCCUCUUCCUCAUUUCCCCUCUCCUCACUAGGUCUCCUCUUUGGAAUCUUCAACUUCUGAAGUGAAUGUCCCUGUCCCUUCCCAGCUCCCCCCAUGGACUCUCUUGCCUUGGUGCAGUCUCCACUCUGACCCCACCCACCUCCUGUGCCAUCGUGUUUAUGGGACAGUUGCCUCCCCCUCAUCUCCAGUGGCUCAACCUACACAAGGGUGGGAGCACUCCAUCCUGUCCCCAGUGGACCUUCUUCCUUUGUGGUCUUCUCUCCCUCUCCACCCCACAUUGGCCAGUGGACUCAUCCAUUCUGUGGAACAAUUCCCCACGCCCACCCCCAGGUCAAUGGAUUCAGUGGACUCAUCAGUUUGUGGGGAGGACUCAUGCUGUGGCUGGAAGCUGAUGCCUGGGACACUCCUCCCAGUCUCCUCCUGGGAACCUUCCUCAGCACGUUCACUCUCCCUCCCGUGGAACCUCCUAUCAGUGGAGGCUGGACUCUUCUCACUAGAGGUCGCAUCCCUGCCCAUGCCCAGGACUGAGCAUAUUUCUGGAUGCCAGUUUGGCCUUCACAUUUCUGCUUCCCCUGUUCCCAUGGUACAGUUCUUCUGUGACCCUUGCUCCACCCAUCCUCCUGCAGCACCAUUCUGACCAGGCGCGGGGAAGAGGCAGACAUUAGGUGCUGCACUCUCUGCUCCCUGGGUUCUUGGGAAAAAGAAACUGAACCCUGGCUGGAGGGGAUGGGAGGGCUUUUAAUUUAUUUCUCUUUCUUUUGACCGCCCCCCCCCCCAGCCAGUUUUCAUUUCCUCCCUGUGGCAUUAGUUACUCCCUGCCUCCUGUCCCAUACCUGUGCCCACAAUGGGGAGGUGGGCUGGGAGCAAAAGGAGAGGGUGGGACUCAGUUUUGUGUGGUUGGUUUUUAUUAAUUACUGGAUAACAGCAAGGAACUGAGAAUAAAGAUUGAGAGAGAGAUCUGGA